UGAAAGGGCCGCGCCAACAAAGAGAAUAGCAUUAAACUACAAAAUAAUACGCGGCGCUGCGCAGCCGCAAAGCGUUUGUUUCGAGGACCCCUGCAUUUGUCGACGGAAACGUGAGGAGAAACAUCUAAACCUGGAACGAAGGGGAAUUUCAAAAUGGCAGAGCGGGCAAAUAACUUUCCUCCAUUGCCAACGUUCUUCAGAAUAAAGCCAUGCUUUUACCAAAACAUCGAUGAAGAAAUCCCUGCGCCGCACAAGCAGCUGGUGCAGAGAGUUUACAAGCUUUGGAUGAUGUAUUCUGCCACACUGUGCAUAAAUGUCAUUUCAUGCAUUGCCUGGUGGGCUGGAGGGGGAAGUGCCACAAACUUUGGUUUUUCUCUGCUCUGGCUCCUUCUCUUCAGCCCCUGUAGCUACACAUGUUGGUUCAGACCGCUCUACAAAGCUUUCAGGGCUGAUAGCUCCUUCAACUUCAUGGCCUUCUUCUUCAUCUUUUUCCUUCAGUGUGUCUUGACCCUUAUCCAGGCUAUAGGCAUUUCUGGAUGGGGAACAUGCGGCUGGAUUGCCACAGUGAUGUUUUUCAGCCAAAAUGUGGGCUCCGCUAUAGUGAUGCUUAUCACAACUCUGCUCUUCACUGUGGUGGCCGCACUAAUGGCACUGGUUCUCAUUAAGGUGCACAGACUGUACCGCGGCGGCGGCGGCAGCAUGGAGCGCGCUCAGGAGGAGUGGAGCACCGGGCUGUGGAAGAGCGCCCCGGUGAGGGAAGCAGCAUUCGACGGCGUCGCUAGGACAGCCCAGGGCCCGACUUUGCCUGAGUACCCCACCGCAGUGCCCAGUUACCCUGACAACAGCCACUGGUGAUGGCUGAGGUUCGCCACGAGGGGGUGACAGAUGAUUGGUCAUUUUCACAAUGCUGACAAAAGCACUUCAAAACAAAACAGCAUGUCACUCUCAAAGUACAGAUUAGACAGUUAUUUUAAAUGUAAGUAAAAAUAAUAGCUAUGAAAGACUUUUUGGUUUUUUUAAUUUGAAAGUUUUUUUUUUUAUCAACCUGAAACUGUUUGGAUGGUUGCCUUCAAAAUGUGCCAUUCUGUUUCUACUUUGUUUACAAAAAGUUAAUAAGACAAAAACAAAUAAAGUCUUAGACUUAAAUUGAAGAUUUGCUUUUGAAGGUUUAAUGGAUUGCAGACAUGCAGAAACAAAAUGUGACUGAUCACUUUAAAGCUAAGUGAAGAAAGUGUGCCUUAUGGAUUUGUGUAAUGUUAGGAUUUUUACAAAGCUGCAUGCUACAUAACGUAGCAGGGGUGAAAGUGUUUUUUUUUUUUUUUUUUUUUUCAUCAUUUCAUAAGUUUGGGUUGUUAGUGAUGCUUCCAAGCUUGGCUUACUGUUGCAGAUUUUGCAUGUUUAAAAGUCUCCCGCUUGACUUGCGCCCGCCUUAACAAAAGCUGCAUUUUGGUUUUUUUCUAACUAAUCUUAUGCUUCAGCGAAGCAGCUCUUCUGUUUUGAUUUCUUACUGAACACUGAUAUGCCAAAACACUUAACUGCUCCACUUUUACUAAUUGAAAAGUCACACUCUAAGCAGCUGAGUUUUGUUCGCUUUCAGUGGAUGAAAGUAUCUUAUCUCCUGCUGCCGUCAUUGUCAUUUCUUUCACGUUCCGCCAGGUACAGAUUUUGUGUUUCAUCACAACAGGCUUGCAUGUAGCCACUAAAACAUUCAUCUGAAAUGAGCUCAUAUCUUGAUACCAAUAUCCAGAUUGAUUGAAACCUGCAUGGAUCAAUGAAUUAACUGCAGGCUAAUUUUGAGUUGGACUCAACUUUUGUCUUUCCAACACGAUCUGCUAUUUAUGUAUGGAAUUAAAAUCUAAUCUAGCGCCUGUCAAAGCCUGCCUGAAGUCCACAUCUCAACUAAAAGGAAAAAAACAGUGCCUCCGUUGUAGAUUUGACAUUUUAUUUACUUUUUCUUGUUACUAAAGUGUCCUUCGAGGACAACUGCCAAGUGUAACGUCUUAAAUUUUCUAUAUUAGGUUUCGGAAAAUAAAGCGGACGUGUGAAAGUAUUCUAUACAUAUCGCAACAUUUCAAUAAAUGACUUUAUUCACACA